GUCUCUCCAGGAAUUUCAUCACCAAUUUCCUCCUCUUCUCCUUCACUCAUGAACCUUCAUUACUCAUCCGGAGAAGAUGCUAAAUCAAGUUACAGUAUAGUUUGCCAGCACUGAAUUUUGAUCAUCUUCUCAGAGGUGAGUUCAUUGAUCAUGUUGAAAUCGAUCAUAAACGGGGAGGAGGACUUUUCGGAAGGCAGGGUGGUGCUGAGGAGGAGGCUGAGUGUGGAGCAGUUGAGGACAUUGGAGAAGAGCUUUGAGCAGGGGAACAAGUUGGAGCCUGAGAGGAAGAAGCAGCUGGCCGUGGCUCUUGGGUUGCAGCCGAGGCAGGUGGUCGUCUGGUUCCAGAACCGGCGAGCCCGGUGGAAGACCAAGAAGAAGGAGAAAGAUUACGAUGCCCUCAAGAGACAGCUCGAGGCCAUGAAAUCCGAGAACGAAGCUCUUCGAGCCCACAACAUCAAGAUCCAAGCUGAGAUCGUGGCUCGCACAGGGAGAGUGGCGUCGGAGCUGAUGAUCAACCUCAACUUCCAUUGAUACACUAAGAAUUACCAGUUCCUCUUCCAUCACAUCAUUUUAAAAACCAAGAAGAUCAAAUUGGCAUGUACUGAUAGCUCUGUGUACUUGUUCUGUUCCACCCUGUGGGCUUAUGAGAAGUGUGUGGAAGCUCCCAAGUAAAAUGGCGAUGUUGAUCAGUUGACUCAUGAAGUGUUGGUGGGUUGAUUAGCUUCUUCUCUUUACUGCAAUGACUGUCAGCUACGGAAGCAGAGACCUCUGUAAGGCAAGUAAUUGAAAGGAGCAGAUUGUUCUUGGACCAUUCAUGCUAAACCCAAAAGCUGGAAUUGAUGAUCCAGCAAUUUUAUCUGCUUUUUGUUUUAUUUUGUUUGGUUAGGUCCUCCAUAUGAUCGAUCAAUCUGUUGUUGAAGAAUUCAUCACAUGGACAUGGACAUGGACAUGAACAGUUCAUGCAUAUAAUUCAACCACUGCAAUUUCUUCAGAAAUCUAACGAUCCAAUUCAGCACAAAAGUGUCGGGGAAAUGCAUUAAUGUGUACGUUGUCUUCCACAGUGGGAGUGUUCGUAUGGACUUCUAGUUUUUUCGUUGAUCAAUUCAAAGUGACUUUGUCAGAUAAGAAAAUAAUUUAUUAUAAUGGAAUUAACUCAAUAUUCUUCCUGCCAUCUGUUCUCUUGAUGAUUGGUUUGACUUAGUGAGGCAUGAGGAUAGACAUUUGAUAAUAAGAGUUUGAAAAAUGCAAGAUGAAGUUGACAUAUUGUUGGAGUCCAUUGUGGAGGUUCAAAAGGAUAUGAAAAUGAGGAGAAGAGUGGAGCUUAUGCAAAC